UGUUCUGACACGUGUCAAUCAACCGGAGCCGUGAUAUGGAUGACGCGCGGUGACGUCACGCUUAGAGCCGGGGCGAAGGUGGACGGACAGAAUGGCGACCCAGUGCCGGAGCUCCAGAUGCACGGCCGAAAGAAAAGGAUUCCGGCGGGAACUCGACUCAUGGCGACACAAACUCAUCCACUGUGUCGGGUUUGAAAGUAUACUGGAGGGAAUAUAUGGUCCAAGGCUGCUGCAAGAUCUCAGUAUAUUUGAUGAGUGUGAACCAGAGGCUGUGGAUGAUUGGUCCAUGAAUGCAAACUGCUCUUUUUGCAACCUUCAGCUAGAGAAAUUGAAUGACCAGCCUGCUGUGGUCGUGCCUGGCUCGCCACCACCUGCUGAAACACCUCCACCUCAGGGCCUCCCCACCUCUGAAAAACCCCAGUGCCAAGCAGACCAAUUCCUCAAUGCUAUAUUUCGUAAGAAGGAAUUCCCUCAGAGCUGCGAUUCCAGCGUACCGUUGGUGGCACAGGAGUUGAUGCGCAAGAUGAUUCGGAGGUUUGCCUUAGAGUAUGCAUGUAAAAGCCAGGCUCACGAGGGCCUGAAUGGCCUUAGCGAAACCUCUGAGCUUCUCCCCAAUCAGCCGGAUCGUGAUGGGCCUCUGGACCUCACCAUUAGCCGAGCUUCUCAGGCCCUGCAAGUUGAUGGAGUACUUGACCUCUCAAAGAAAAACACAUCAGCAGAAAAUGAAACUACUCAAAGAAUGUUUUCAGGUUCCUUAGGGCCAAGUGUGGAAGACCGGUCCAGGCUGGAGAAGGAAGGUGGUUCUAAAGCUCCAGUGGUCUGGAGAGUCACUGUGUUGGAGAAGGUCCUGUCUUCGCUUUGUUCCCAUCAUAGACUGCUACUCUGUCAUAUUUUAAAGGACAUGCAGGAAGAUUAUAACAUCUCUGUAACACUGCGGGAUGCUCACAGAAGACAGUUUACGGCUGGAUCUCUCAGUUGCCAUGCUGAUAAAAAAUCACUUAAUGAGGCCCCAAUACUUACAUUAAGUGACUGCUCAGUAACUGCUGGCAUUUGUUGUAGAAAAGCUUGUAGGCUUCCAACGAUUGCAUUUUCUCCUCUAUGCGUCUGUCUGAGGAACAUUCAUGGCAAUGCCUGCCAAAAUACAUCUAUGGCAAGUGUUGGGCAAGAUAUCUGUUCUAACCCCACUGUUUGUUGUGCUCACUCAAAACUACCCUCAUGCCAGCUUCAGCACAAUGGUGAUCAUAACUACAUUUCUCUUGUAAAAGAAACUCUAAUCACCCAUCAAUGUGAUUGUAACUCUCACAAUAGAUGCCAUAAAGGAAGCCGUAGCCCCUCCCCACCACCACUAUCACCAAAGCCAGUGGACCUGGACUGUAAAAUAGCGGUAAAGUCCAGUAUCCUACAAAUUCAGGACUGCAAGUCAUUAAACAUGGCACCACCUCCUCUCUUACCUCACAGAACUGAGGAUGAAGAUACAGCUUUGUACUCUAACACCCCUCUUCAUGUGGGAUCUCCUGAUGAAUGUUGUGAAAAGGUUGCACUGUUGUCUACACAAGCAGAGAAGGAGAAUGACCACCACUGUGGGUCUUUUUUAGAUCUAAUUGAUAGAGUCACUGAAAAGUUCAGAAGUAUCCAACCUUCAGAGAAAGAACAAAAUCUUCUUGCCCAUGCUAGUCAAAUAUCCAAGACAGAUGACACACAUUUGACAGAAAUUAUAACAACUGUGCUACACAACAGUAGUGACAAAGAUUACAACCUUAAUGAGCUUUUACAACAGCAUGUAGCCACUGAACAGCGAUCCCCUCAGACACGUUCCCGUAAGAGACUGGAAACGUUAGUUGCCAUGAGCAAGUCUCCUGAUCUUCCAUCAUCAAGAAGACAAAGCUUACAAAUCAAAAGAGAUCUGGCCAGACUUAGUCAGACUUCAUAUUUCAAGAGGAAUAUAGGGUUUGAGAGAGAUGGGUCCUUAAAAACGGGUAAAGCUGCACAGGUAACAUACUCUCUUGUUGAACAGUCAGAUUGUAGAAAGUUGGGCAGAAUUCCCAAGGCAGGGGACUCAAAGCCUGUAAAAGAUACCUUAGAAAAUUUGACCACAUAUGCACAAACUAAGGAGACACCAAAUAAACAAAAGAGGCAAGAAACUCAACCCCAACUUGUAAGUCUUGAAGAAACAAUGCCUCUUGAUGAUAGGGCACAAUUGCAAACAACUAUUAGUGACCGGAAGGUAAAAGCAAAAGCUCACAAAGAGAAAAAUCUGACUAUUCAAGUUGGAAGAGCCAGACGAAAUAUUGUACCACCUCAGCGUUUCUCUUCCUAUGUAACUGAGCCACGAAAAAUGUAUUUUGCAGCCUGUUUUUCAGAAAGUAUAUUCACCAAGCAUUCCCUUAAGGACAUUAGCUCAACAGCACUUGGCUCUACAGAAGAAAUUGCUUGGCCAAAUGAUAUAUGUGACAAACACCCUUUUCAAACUGAGGAUAAACGAGAAGACUGUGAUGUGCCACAGAACGUAACUUCAUCAAAAAAUCUGAUUUCAUCCAAAAAAGAGCAACCGUGUGAGCACAAGGAUAAUGGAAGGAAUCCUGAUAAAGAGAGUGCAAGAAAAAGAAAACCAUGCCAGAAUUCUACUUCACCAUCAAAAAGAUCUAAACGCCAUAUGACCAACAGUCUAAACACUGACUCACAAAGUCCUACUGAAACUAUUAACUUUACUACAACUGAGAGUGGACAAGAAGAUAAAACAAGCCUGUCUGGACUGAAAUAUGAAAGUCCAAUAAAGCUCAUGUUUGUUUCCUCUGUGACGGGUGAAGAUGGUGUAAAAUAUACUCUCAAAGCAGCUGCUUCAGGCUCAAAUUCCGACGGAGAGAUGUUUGAUCCAUGCGUGGAUUCCUCAUGGUCAGGCAGUGCCAUCGAUGAACAUUUCCAGGAUACAGUCCUUGAAUCAGUUUCAGGGAGAACUGUUGAACAUGGUGGAAACAAGUACACUUCAACAAAAGUGGUUUCAUGUGAUGCAGUAUUGCCCAGUUGUUCAAACAAUGAAGAUGAAAUCCAAGAAACACUACCAAUUGUACAUGAAACAUCUCCAGUAAAAAGGCGUCCUGGGCGCCCCAAAAAAAUAGGACCACAUAUUGUGAAGUCUGUGAAACGUCCCAUCGGCAGACCUCCAAAACCCAAAAUAACGGACUUCUGUCCUUCAACUGGUACAACCGGUUCCAGUGCAGUAAAUCACAGGACAACAGAAAUGUCUUGUAAGGAUAAUAGAAAUAAAAAUCUAAAAAUCACCAUAGCGAAUGGAAGAUCAAGAAGGGCAAAAAGAGUUGUUUCUGAAGAUUUGAGCAAUAUCCCAGAACAUCAACAUGUUUUUGAACUAUUAAAUGGUGGCACACACAGUGAAAUAUGUUCUAGAAAGAAUAGUAGUAACGAUGAACUGCUUAAAGAUCACCAUUUUGUUAUGCCUAUUGAAGAAAGGAAAUUUGUCUCUUCAGGCAGCAACAUCAAAUGUCAAAGACAGAGUGACAUAGCAGUGUCAAGAAAACCAGGAAGACCUCCCAAAGUCAAAAUUUCUGGGAUCUCUGUCACUGUCACCACAGGGUCACCAAGGCAAAGAAAGAUACAUAUAAAAAGGGACACAAAUGAUUCACAUCUGCGCAGAAAGACUCUUAUUGAAUUUCAACCUUCCAAAGACCAGAAGACAAUCUGCAUUCCUACUGAUAUUCACAAGGAUGUAGUGGAUGCACCAAAAGAACAUAGUCAGAAUACCAGAGGGCAGUUCAUACCAGUGAGGCAUUCUGUUAGAGAACGCAAACCCUCCAUUCAUUUGCUCCACUCUGUUGCUACUGCCAGAUCCUGUGCAUUGGUUCGCAGGUCACGAAAACUACUGCUGAAUAAGGUUAGCUGUGAAUCCAGCCAGAACACAAAGAACAACCAAGAGCAAGGAGAGCUCCCAAAAAAUGCACUUUCCACGAGGACCAAGAAUGUCAGUUGCAUACAAGAUGUUCGUUUUUCUACCAUUUCGAUGGACUCAAUUUUUUCAUCAAAUGAGGGCUUCAGGUGGUGGCCCACCUUAGCAUCACCUGAAACUUUAAAUGAAGAGUUAGCUAGGAGGAUCAAGCUAAUGUCCAACACUUGGGUAUCAGAUGUUGAGUAUCAGGCUAACAAGUCAGGGGAGAUUAAAUCAGAUCUUAAACCAAAAACUUGUGAGAAGCUCAGAGGUUCUGCUAAGAAGUCUGCUUCUGCCAUCAAAAUGCUUUUUGAGGGAAACUGUAAUAUGGAGAAACUCUGUACUUGGUUUAUGCAAUCCACAGAGACUCAGUCCCUUGCUAUUGUAAAGAAGACCACGGAAAAAAAUCCUAAGGAUGUCUUUCACUACAACCUCAGCAGACCCAAUUGCAAAGGCAAUGUUUGCCCAAGUCCACAAGCAGAGAGACUCAGGAAACAUGUCAAGAAAUUUGCUAAAGUUGUCCCAAAGAGUCCGUCAAUGCACAAACAAGCACAAGAAAUGCUGUCCAAAUCAACAAGAUUACAAGCCAAGAGAAAGCUUUUUAAUACAUCAUCGUUUAAACAGAGGCAUGAUGUUAGACAUAGAAUGUCUAGGUCUAGAAGCACAUGGGUUGUCUAUAGAACAGCUCUGCUUAGAGCGAGGCUAAAGUUUAAAACCAAGCCUAGGACAACAUUAGGUGGUGAUAUGGCACACAAAGUGUUUGGUGAUCAAAUGAGGACAAGGACUUCAGGUGCUGAGACUCCAGAAUUAUGGAAAGAAAUGCCUAACUUGGUAGGAAAGACAUCCAGACCGGUCACGAAAGUUCAAAAUGCAUUAAAUAUUCUUGUCAAAACUCGCACUUAAAACGUGUCUCUGUGACCUGUGCACUCACAAAUCUCUAUGCUCGUGCUAGAUAUUAACUAUUUUCGCUCCUGAAUUAAACAUGGUCAAACGAUAAGCACUUUUAAAAAGUAGAACAUAUUUGUUCAGGUCCUUUACUUGAUUUUUUUUUUUAUUGUUGUAUUUAAACUAUGUAUAAACUGGUUAUUGUACAUCGUUUUACUAGGCCCACUUUAUCUCUUUUAUGUUUGUAUUUUGUUAUUUUCUGUGAAAGCAUUGUUUUACAAGGGCCACUUUAUCUCUUAUGUUUGUAUUUUGUUAUUUUCUGUGAAAGCACAUAUGCAUCUCUCUGUAUAUUACAUUGUAAACCGUUUUAAAAGGCUAAAUAAUGCUUAAACUAAUCGGACCUCCACGACUGAUGAAAGUGUGUAAAAUAUAAUUAGCUGGGAGAGAAGUGAACCUGGAACUCAAUGCUGGAAAGAGUCAAAGAUGGAUCUUUAAUUUCUUUCCAGUUUAAUCGUAUUUGGCAAUGGUAAUGAAAUGUAGCCUAUAUUAGAAAUGGUUAGGAAUUGGGUGCUUGGAUGAUUUGUACAUAUAAUCUCUGUCCUGGUUGGUCUCGGAGCAGUUUAUCUAAAAACAGCAUAUUAUCUUCUAUGGCUCUAAAGACUUCAUAUAAAAGAUCAGUGUUAUGUCACAAUAUGUCAGAUACCUCAACUGAAUUUAAAAUCACUGUAUAAUAAAUAAAUUAUAAAGAAAUUACAGAUCCAUCUUUUAAAUCUGAUUGGUUGAUAAUUUUUGACAACGUUUAAUUCUGGUGUGAAAAGAGUUAUCUAGUGCAUGAGCAUAGAGAGAUUUUUGAGUGCAAAGAUCACGUUUUAAGUGGGUGCAUUCUCUGGGCGAAAGCAUCGUUAAUCUGAGCAAAUGUACAGUUUUGUGCGAGAGCAAAGGAAAUUCGUCUGUGAGUGAAGAGAUGUGCUUUCACGCUAGACAAAUGCACUCUUUACAUUUGUCAUUAAAAUAUCACUAUAUAGACAUACUCUAUGCAAGUUCGCAAGUGCUAAUUCAUUCUAGCAACAGAAGCUCUGUUUUGAGCAUAAAUAGUGUUAGAACAUGCCUCUACACUAGAAAUAUCUGAUCCAGAGCCAGACACCGGAUCCUUUCAGAAAAUAUGUUUUGUCUGGUAACAGAACUAGUCACCAAAAUUGUCUAAAACCCAAAAUCUGUUAAUUAGUCCUGUCUGGUACUCAAAACUGUAUUAAGUCUUCUAUCAGCCAAGAAGUUGACCAAGUAAAGCCAGCAAAGUGCAGAAUCAUAGAUGAAGUUGUGAUGAUAUUAAAGGAGCAGAGUUUAUUGAAUAGUCUUAGUUGCAUACGUUUCAAUGCUCCGAUUUUGUCUGAAAAAUACAAAUCCAACAAGGGUUAUUACACCACAAGCAAUAGCAAUGAAAAAUUAUGGCUUUAUAUCAUCCCAUCAAGGCAUAGUUGAAUUUAACUCUCUCUGAAAGUAGUACUGAGGUUUGUUCCUGCCAGACCAGUGCAAUAGCCCAUGUCAAAUAAAUUCAACCUGACUAUUGUUGUUGACUUAGCACUCCUAUCUGCAUACUGGCAUGAAGUAUGUUUCUGGCUUCGGUAAAGAAUGCUUUGAUAUUAGAUUGAAAAGUUAGAUUUUUUGCAGUGUUUACUUUGUAUUGAUUCUGGUAGUGUGGUACCAGAAUGGUCUGCUUUCAAAAGUAUAUUUAUUGUUUUUUAAUCAUUUGUGCUUUUCAGGGUCAUUGAAAUAACUUGGGACCAGUUUUUGGACAAGACAUGUUCUUGAACUCUAUCAUAAGGUGCCUUUCGACAGUGGUCUGGCUGAGUAUCACAAGCAUUAUGACACGCAACCUCUGCAAGCAUCAUGUAGCAAAAAAAAACAAAACUUUAAGACACUUGUUGCACUAUUUAAACUUCUUUUGUUUUUAUGUUUGUAAAAUGUUUUAUUUACCUUUUAAAAUCUGCUUUGAAUUUUAUUUUUGAUGCAGACCAUGAGAUCUAGUUACAUGAAGGAGAAUCAAAGGUUACAAGAGCAUUAUGCAGUUUGUUUUGCCCAAAUCUCAUAAGAGUUGAACAUCAAGGCAAACUUUUAUAUUUCAUUCAAGGUCAUUUCACUUUUUUUUUUUUUUCUUUUUUUUUUAACACUUCAGAAUCUUAGAAGUUGUAAGAGAUCUUUAAAAUGGGAUUUUUGUGAAUAUUUCAGUUUUUAAACAUUGCUGAUCUUUUUUAAGUUAGGAGUAUAUUUAAGUCUUUUCUUAUGUGCCGUUAAUGUCUCAGACAAAAAUUACCCACUUAAAAUAAUUACAAUGCAUUGUGGAAUUUUGAAAAUGAUGGUAGUGAAACCUCCUGUGAAUUUCACCUCUUUGCCAAGUUGUGGGAAAUCAUUUAAGCAUUAAUUUACAUCCAGGUUCAUGUUCUCAUUGCACUACUAAACUGCUACCCAUUCCGUUUUAUUCCUGACUUUAACCAUUAUUAUAAUGUACAGUGUAUUUUUGGUGCAAUGUCUCGCUCUCAAAAAGAUGUAAGAUUCUCUUUCCUUUCUUUUAAAUUAAAAGCUUUUAAGAUGAUCCAGAGGCAAAUGUUCCACAUUGUUUCUUAAAUACAAAAACUUGUGUUGUGCAAAUCUUAAUUUGUGAUCUAUUGCAGUAUGUGACAUCUACCUCCUGAAAUCUACUGGUAAAGCAUGGUAGAUUGGUCUAAACUGAUAAAUCUUUUGUUGUAACCAUGUCAUUCCUCUAGACCUCUACCAAAAACAUUGUUUAUACAGCCUGUAUGUUUAGUUAGUUAUUUAAAUUGCUGUGUUGUUUGUUCUAGUUUCCAUCUGCUGUUACCAAUCUGUGGCCCUGCCCCUAAGAUUAUAGAAGUUUAAAAGCGUUGAUGUCCGCUUAGUCCAUUUAGGUUCCUUGUAGCAAAACUGGCUUGCAUCAGUGCACUACAAGUCCACCUUAGAUGUAUUUAGAUGCAUAAAACUAGUUGUCACCUAGAUUAUUCUAUUAGAUUUUAACCAUUGUCUUGAUACUUGUUAGCUAGAGAUGUUUGUUCCGAAACUGCUGAAGUUAUUUCCAUCAUAUACAUACUAUGUGCCACUAUAAAGAGGCUUCCAUCAACUGCUUUAGGGCCUCGUUAACCAUUCAACCUGCUGGAGUAAUCCAAAAACUGUCAAAAGUACAGUCAAAAAUGGUGCAUUCUUUAUACCUAUGCCAACUAUAUGCUGGAGUUAAAGCUUAAGAAAAUUGUCAGAAGACCUUCUGUAUAUAUCAUAUUUUCAGAUCUGUAGUUUUGGCACUGUAAACUUGUUACCUGGUGCUAUAUGUUGUACAUGAACAUGCAAAUUAUGUACACAUUGUAUUUUCUCUGUUUUUAUAUUUCAAAGAAUUCGUCUCAAUCGUUAGAACAAUAAAAGCUCUUGCAAACUGA